CUCCAAUAGGGUGGGGGCGUGAGGUGGCUUCGCCGGGCUGCGCCGCGGUGGUGGCCGGGAUUCCGGCGGAGGCGUCGGGAGACCGGCUUGGGAGGCAAAGCAGGCGGCGGGCGGGCCGGCGGGCAGGCAGGCGGGCGAGGGACUGGAGAUGGCAGGAGGCAGCAAGAGGAGCUGAAGCGCCGGACGAGACAGGGCAUGAUGGGGCAGGCAGGCGGGCGUUAGAAGACUCUCCUCCUCCUCCUCCUCCACCUCCUCUUUUCCCCACGGCCCGGUAUGGCUGGUCUCAUCAAGAAGCAGAUCCUGAAGCACUUGUCCAGGUUUACAAAGAACCUUUCUCCUGAUAAAAUCAACCUGAGCACACUCAAAGGGCAGGGACAGCUGAGUAACCUUGAACUGGAUGAAGAAGUUCUGCAGAAUGUCUUGGAUUUACCCACCUGGCUAGCCAUUACUAGAGUCUUUUGUAACAAGGCUUCCAUCAGGAUCCAGUGGACAAAGCUGAAGACUCAUCCAAUCUGUCUGUAUUUGGAUAAAGUUGAAGUAGAGAUGCGAACCUGUGAAGAGCCCCGGCCACCCAAUGGACAGUCUCCCAUUGCCCUCGCUUCAGGACAAAGUGAAUAUGGCUUUGCUGAGAAAGUAGUAGAGGGCAUGUUUAUUGUUGUCAAUUCAAUCACCAUCAAGAUCCACUCCAAGGCCUUCCAUGCUUCUUUUGAACUAUGGCAGCUACAAGGAUACAGUGUCAAUCCCAACUGGCAGCAAAGUGACUUGCGCUUCACCCGUAUCACCGAUUCACACAGAGGAGAGGUUCUUACAUUUAAAGAACUCACCUGGCAGACUCUUCGGAUAGAGGCAGAUGCUACAGAAAAUGGAGAUCAAGAUCCUGUCACCACUCCCCUAAGACUUAUUACUAACCAGGGCAGAAUCCAAAUAUCUCUUAAGAGAAAGACAAAGGACUGCAAUGUGGUGGCCUCCAAACUGAUGUUCCUCCUUGAUGACUUGUUGUGGGUGCUGACUGACUCUCAACUGAAGGCAAUGAUGAAGUAUGCAGAAUCCUUGAGUGAAGCUAUGGAGAAAUCAGCCCAGCAAAGGAAGAGUAUGGCUCCUGAACCUGUCCAGAUCACACCUCCUGCUCCCAGUGCACAGCAAUCCUGGCCCCAGUCAUUUGGGAGCAGCCACAAAGCAAUCAGCCAGUAUUUUGAGAAACAUGAUAUGAAAGAGUCUUCCUACCACCUUCUUAUCUCCCGUCUGGAUCUGCAUAUCUGUGAUGACAGUCACACUAGAGAGACAGGUGCUUCCAAGCAUGGAAUAACAGGAGGUGCAAUGCAAUUAACAUUUAGGAGGAUGGCCUUUGACUAUUAUCCUUUCCACUGGGCAGGAGACAGCUGUAAACACUGGGUACAGUACUGUAAUGCCAUGGAGACCCGAGAAGAGUGGGCAAAAAAGCUGGUAGAAGAAUUCCAAAGCAAGAUGAGAAACCAGGAUGAAGAAAUUAGCUCUGCUUCUUCCAAAAAUGUAGGAAGGGAAUCUCCCUUCAAAAAGACACCAGACACUUCCAGUUCUCAAAAAAGCUCCCCAGAGAAAGGGAUGCCUUUGGCAAGCACACCACCUCCUUUGCUGUUUGGAUUGCGGAAGGCUGCAUGGAAUAGACUUAGGUCAAGCUGUCUGGUUGUCCGAGUCGAUGAUUUGGAUAUUCAUCAGGUUUCUACAGCUGGACAGCACAGUAAGAAACCUUCAACACUGCUGUCAUGUAGGAAGAAAUCCCUGAACCUUCCAGACCAGACCUCAGCUAUUCAUAUAGAGUUCACUGAAUACUAUCUUCCAGACAGUCCAGACUUUCCAGUUCCAUGUCCCAACCUGUAUCUGCAGUUGCAUGGUCUGAUUUUCACCUUGGACACAGUGAGCAUGCUUUGGGUGAACUUGUUCUGCCUUGAUCUCUAUCGCAGCCUACAACACUUCAAAGCUAUAUACAAGCUGGAGAACUCUGGCAAGCGAGAUGAACACAUUGAUGUCAGAUUGGAUGGCUUCACGCUGAAGCUAAACAUCCCAGUACAGAAGAAAGUAGUUGAUCACCAGGACCGCCCUCAGUGUCUGUCCAUUUGCACAUCAGAAAUGACAGCUACCAACACAAGGCAUGCUCCCCACUGCAGCUGUUUGGCCCUCCAGAACCUGUUCCGUAGAUUUGCAGCUUCAGAAUUCUUCCACUCUAGCUAUACCCAAUUCCCCAAAUUCCAGGAUAAUUUCAGCCUCCUUCACACCCUCUUCUUACGUCAUGCAUACCAAGUGGACACGAAAACCCAGAAACUUACAGACCUCCGCCAUUCCUUGGGCAGGCCCUCAGCUUCUGAAGACCUUUGGUCUGUUAAUUUCACCCAGAUCUCCCUGGACUUUGAAGGGACCAAAAGUUCAAAAGGCAAAGCCCUAAACUUUAUAUACCCCUUCCCGCUCUGUGUGUGGGCCUGCCUCCCAAAGAGAUGGGAGGAAGCCCAGGCAACCAUUCAACAAUUGUCCUCUGCCUCAAAAGUUAAAGUCAAGUCUUCUGCUAGCUUUAGUGACCAUGCAAGACAUCAGGCCAUUUCCAGGGAAGAGCAGUUCUGCCAAAGAUCUAAGACUGAGCAGGACUUGAAAAGCAUCUAUCUCACUCCAGCUACAAAGGGUGUCUUGGAAGAAGAUAACUAUGAGGUCAAUGGUAAAGAGAAUGAUGAAGAUGUGGAAGUAUCUGCUGAUGUCCAUGUUCUUCUCUAUUCAAGUGCACAUGUGAAGGUGCGACUCAACCACUACCAGUAUUUGAUGCUACUUAGGAUGAAGGAAGUCCUGCAAACAUUUCAGGAACAAUUGACCCAAGACAGUCAGGAAAUGAUGGGGUCCCCUCUAGAUUCCAUAACCAUGUGUAUGGGCAUCAUGUUCAAUAGUGCUGAGCUGGCCUUGCUAAUGCAUCCUAUUCCAGGGCCUGUUUUGGAACCUAAAUCUGUCGACUCAGAUACUACAAGUUUAAUAGAAUCUGAACUUUCCCCUUCAGAGAGCAGGGAAGGACUAGCUGCUGAAGGCAGAGAGAUGAAAUCAGAUGCUAGUUCAGAGAAGGAAGAUGGCAGUCCCACAAAAGUACUAGAGGACAGCGGAAUUGAGAACACAGAUACAAGUGUGAGUGCUUUACAGGAUACUAUGGUGAAAUCACAGAGUGAUGGGUCUCUGGCAGGAGAAGAGUUACAUGGGCAGAUAAUUAGGGGGAAAGGCCCUAUAGAAGAAGCACAUGAGGCUGAAGAAAUCCUUGAUGCUGAGAGACAGAGUGAGCUUGGCAGCCAUCCUCAAGACCCUCAAGUCCUUCCUUCCAGCCCAUCUUCUAUUGUAGAUCCCUUAGGUGGUAUACAGAUCUCCCUCAAUGGCCAAGAAGAGGUGAUCCCUUUAAAAAACAUGGAGAUGGAAUUAUCCAGUGCAUUGCAUAUAACGAAGGGUGCUACCAAGGAAGCAUUGCAUGUGACCAUGGACCUCACCAAAGAGGCCAUGUCUCUGACAAAAGAUGCCUUCAGUUUGAGCAAGGAAAAGAUGGCUUCUGUGCAGAAAAUGCUGUUUCAUCCCCAAGCUAAGGAUCCUGCACCAAAGGCUGAAGAGGGCACACUGACUUCAGGAGGAAGUGGUAGUGGACGAAUGCGGUUCUUCUCCAUGAAGAGGACUGCCUCACAGCAUUCCUUUGAUACCAGCUCACUAGAUGGCAGUGGUCCUGAAGACAGGCUAUCAGUGGACAGUGAUGGCAGUGAUGGUUUUGUGAUGCUUCUGGAUUCUGAUCCUAGUCUGGAUCCUCUUCCACCAGGACGUCUCACCCCAGUCCUUGAUUAUGCAAAUAUCAGAUCAAGUCCCCUGGCAGAUGAAGAAGGAGGAUCAACAUAUAUCAACAGCUCAGCUUCUCUGAGUGGGCAGGAACCCAAUUCCCAGCAGGUAUCUGUCCUGGUGCUGAAAAUGAGUGAAAUAAACUGUGUGAUAGAAACAAAAGGAGAGGAUAUGGCACUUGCCCUUCAGAUUAUGGAUCUCACCCCUGAACACCUAGGAAAUAUUAGUAUGUGGCACUAUCUGCAGAGUGACUCCACAGGAGACCCAAACUCAGAGACGCCUGCAACCACUGAAAUUAGCCAGACACAGCCUCACGUAUGUUUGCGAUAUGAAAUAGGACCGAGCGCUGCAGUGCACUCACCUCUGGCUGUCCAAAAUGGAUUUUUGCAUUUGCUGGUCCAUAGCUAUCUUGCAGAGCUGCUGACCUCCUCUUUUUCUAGCCUUGGGCCCUUCAUUGAGGAUGAGGUGAUUCCUGAGGUUAUCCCCAUGAAGAUUGAAAUUGUGGAUACCAAGAUUGUACUAAAGGAUGACAGUCCUCGCGUGUAUCCAACGUCCCCUGGUCCCCUCCCCAUAAUCUUGGUGAUGGACCACAUUGCUAUUUGUUGCAAUGAUGAUGGAGAGUUUGUUGUAACAGCUUCACAAGAGGAGGGAUCAUCUGUGAAGAAAAGGCCUCAGAAAAGUCUUAAGAAACGGAGGAUCUCAGCAGAGAAAAGCUCUGUUGUUUCAUCAGGGACAGAGGAUGAGCUACAGCUAAAAGAAGUGCCAGCUUUGGAGAGAGAACUGCAGGUUACCAAAAAAGCACUUGCAGAAGCCAAUCUGGACAAAAUGCGCCUGCUACAGGAAAUUAGAAAAUAUGAUCCUCUCUUUCAGCUUUGACAGCAGAGGCCUGGGCUGCAGAUGCUCAGGGCAAUCAGAGAUCACUACCAGCAUUGAAAAAGUUUGCUUAUUGGAAAGCAGUUAUUUAGACUGUCUUCAGUGCAGAGCUAUUAACAUGAUAAACAGAAAUGAGGUGCCAUUAUAGGAGAUGGAAGUAGGAGAACAGCGAAAGAACACCUGGGGGGAAAUCAGGUGUUUUGGAUUUUACAACUGUGUACCUAAGUCUAGAAACGGUACUCCAUCUAAAGCAUAGUAGCACUGAAUCUAAAGGCUGACAAGCCACAUGACAAAGAAAUGCCCUAUCCAAGUUGUCUAAAAGUGGUGCUGACAAACUGUGACUCUUUCUACUAUGACCUGUGUCCUGCUUUAUUUCUGCUGGAGGUGGCAGACAAGUGUUGGGGAACGUACCUGCCAUACCCUGAUUCAGUACAGUCAUUCUACGUAUCUGGGCCCUUGUUAGGCACUGGAAAUAAAAUUCUUGGAACUUUGGUGCAGAACCCUGCGCCUGAAACAUUGAAGAAUGGUGAAGAGUUAUACACCCAAUAUAGAAAGAGGUUCCUGGGAGCAAAAAAAUGUAAGAUCUGUCAACUAUGUUGGUAUCAAAAAGAAAGCCUGGGUGAUUACAAUUUCCCACUAAAGUGUUUUCUACUCUCCUUUUAUAGUAACACUGUGUUAAUGGAGUGUUGGUUAUCACCAGCCUUCCUCAUGCCUCUUCAGAAGCACUGCCCAUUGGCUUUACCAUUGCCUUUGGGGAACAUCAUACCUCUGUCUGUGUAUAAUUGGUUGAGAAACUACCUGUUUAACAAACUCCCUAUUCCUUGUCAGUUCAAGGCUGCUAGAAGCAUUCCCUCUUCCAUAGCAUUACACUCCACUGAUAAUCUUGGACAGGCACAGAGGAAGUGAGACCAGUAAAUCCCUUCUGUGUCAUGUGCUACAUUCAAAGUUUCAUUUGACAAAUUAGGAACCAUGAAUUGUAUCCCAUGACACAUACUCCAGAUUAAUACUGGUAUAAAGUUACAGCAUAUCAUCAUAAAGCUGUGGAAUGUUUGGUUUCCCACCCUGGCAACCUUAUUUUCACUUGUGUGCUACUUGUCUGAUCAUUUGAGAUGAAUGAAGCAUAGGUUAAACUGUGGCACAUGCUGAGCCAGUGUUAACUUCUUCAGGCUGUUUACAUAAAUGGUCUCAAUGAUGGGUUUCAAAAUAAUUUUAGAGGAUUGCUAUAUUUUAUUUUAUUUACAAAGUAGAUUCUACAAGAAAGAUGUAGUGAAAGCAGAGGGAAAUGUUAAUAACAUUUCAGAAAAGACAUAUCAAAACCAUUCAGAAAUGCAUACUUUAACUUUAUUAUUAUUACAACUGUAGAUCAAUUAUGUUACAUAUGCAAGACUAAAAUAAAAUAACAAGGCAUAUAGAGUUUCCAAUUGAUACAAAGGAGACUGAGAUUUAGAUUAUAAUUAAGUGUGAGUUCCUAAUGGCUUUAAUCUGAUCCCUGCAGUUAUUUAGUCACCUGUAUUGUUCUUAUUGUACAAGCCAAUGCACAGAAUUUUGCAACUUUAGCUGUAAUUUCACUUAAGGAAUCAGGGAGGAGAAAAAAGAUAUAAAAUGUAUUGGGUCUACCUGGAUAAUGUCUUAAAAUUGGGAAAAUAGAUUGUGCAAAUCUUUACGCCAUGAUGAGCAGUACAAGAGGACAUGUACCACAGUUUCAUCAUACCAGAUUGGAAGGGGCAAAACACUGAUCAUAAGAUAUAUGUAUCUUCCCUCUAAAAACGCUGAAGGCAGAACAUUGAAAUGGGCCAGAGUAAAGGCUCUCAGGUGUCUUGCAAGUUCUCAAUUAUAAAAAUAAUCUGCUGGGAUAAAGAUCUCACUGUGAUUCUCAGUCAACUGAGUAAUAUGGAACCAUUGCUCUGUCAAAUUGGAGUACAGUAUACCAGAUCCACUCCCUAAUAGUCUCUUUGGCUUUCAUAAAUCCUAAAUGUAACAAGGCUGUAGGGGAUAAUUUGUAGGACAAGAAUUUUCUCUCCACUGCUGUUGCCCAGUCUGAGGAGUGUUUAUCUAUUAAAAUCAGAGGUGCUAAGCUGAUACAAAAGUAAGCUUUAAUUUCAGCCAAAGAUGAUUUGAAGCCAAGUAGUUGCUUCAAGUGGGACCAUUCCAGCUUCUAUUCUGAGUAGGUCAUUAGGACUAUAGCAUUAGGAAAUACAGUCCUUAAGAAUUUAGACUGUACUGGGCCAGUACCUUGCCUUGGAAUAAAGUUGGUACAUCGGACACACAUAUACACCUUUAAAAAAAGAAUCUCAGGAUGGCAGUAAUCGUUCUUCGAGCAUUUUCAGUGACAUGGGCAAUGUGGACUCUCCACAGCCCAGUUGUCUGAAAAAAAAUCAUCUUAAAUAUUUAUAGAUCUUGACCUGUUCAAUAUUGUGCCCAUCUGCCACUUGUACUUGACAAACCUUUUGGUGAAAACCAGAAUUUUGGUCUUUUGAUAGUUUAUUGCAAGCUGCUCUUUAGAGCAGUAUGCUAUAAAAGUCCAAAGGGCUCUCCUAACCCCUACUUCAUUAAAAGAUAAAAUUACUUUAUCAGCUGUAGAGCAGGAAUCAGCUGAUAAAGAGCAGGGAUCAACCUGUUUACAAGUUUGGGUGGGUGAGAAUUAGGGUUUCUUAAGGUCUAAAAAAGCAGUAUAAAGUACCUCAUGAGGCUUGGUGCUAUACUUCUCUGCUGUGAUAUAAGUACUGAUCAAGGAUGUAAUGACUGGCCCUAAACCUUGCUGUUUCAUUUUCCUGCUCUGGUCAUCCCACAACCUCCAGCAAAGGUGCCUAGUACAGAGUUUGCUCAUAGCACUAAGCAAGCUUAUGGGUCGGUAAUUUGAGGGGUGAGAUAUAUGCAGCUCCUUUAUAAUAUAUUGGAAUAAUGAUGGGCAUGCCCCAAUAAGUAAAGAUCUCGGCUGUUUGGUCAAUCUAGGUAGAGUGCCACCAGCACUCAACAUUUUUUUAAUCAACUCUGGUAAAAUCAUAACUACCCCAGGGGCCUUCCCUAGUUUUAACUGAGCUAUGAGUCUUUUGAUGUCUGUCACUGUAAUUGGUGGCCAGGUAGGAAGAUUUUUCUAGACCAAUGUCCAGGGAAGUAGUGUAAGCUGACUUGGCUGUGUGCAAUGCUUGGAGAUAAGACCCCCUGGAGACAUCAGAAAUAAUACAUGAUGUCCUUGGAACUUCUGCCUGAAAAUUGCCUGCUAUGAUUCAUGAGAAAAAUGUUCUAAUGGCUUGGAUAAACUGGGACCAGGUUUUUCUUAAUGACUCACUUUCGUUCCCCCCGCCCUUAAUGCUUUAUAUUGUUCUUUUUGGAGUUGCAAUACAGGAGCAAUUGUCCCGAUAUUGCUAGCCCUAGACAGUUUAAUUCUCAUUACUAACUGCUUUUUUGCUACUGUGCACUCAUGAGAGUGUUUUUUUGGUUGCGUAAAGACAGGUUAAUCAUCAUAUGACAUCAAGUCAAUUCUGAACUUAUGGGGACCCUUUUUCAGAGCUUUCCAGGUGCGGCUUACCAUUCUCUUCUCUGGGCCUCUGCAGCUUGCCCCAGAAGCCACACUGGCUGGCUCGUCUCCCUGGAGGCACAGUGGGGAAUCAAACUGUCAACCUCUGGCUCCACAGCUAGAUACCUAAAUUAUUGAACUACCCGGGGAUAUUCAGACAAAGGCUCUUGCCACCCCAAGAUAGGCUUGAAAGCAAGUGUCAGAUAAUUUGUUAACAAUUCUACUACAGAGUUGUGCUGCUUCAACUGAGUUAAGAAAAUCCAGACUCUAUUUUACUAAUCCAUUUGAUUAUUUUGUAGCCAGAAUUGGGCAUAGGAUCUAUAUCAGGCUUCUCUGAUAUAUAGAUUACUUGAUCCCUAGUUUCAGGAGACGAAGAGUCAGACACGACUAAAC